AUGCUCAGUUUGGUGUGUAUUGCUAGAGAGUUUAUUUUUUUUCUUGGGAGAGUGCAUGUGAUCAGCACAGGGCCAAUCAGCACUGUCCAGACAGAGAGAUCAGGGAUUCUGCAUCCUCCUAGAGCAGAAAGAAAACUCCUCCUACAAGCUUUAACCAGUGCUCUGCUGAAUACUGAUAGAAGUCACAAGACUGCUCUAACCGCUGAUGAGAAAAAGUGUUUAGCAGUUUAUAUUUACUAAAAUAAUUGCACUUCCAUGCUCUGUGUACUGUGGGAGACCAGAUAUAGUGACUGCGGGAUCCUGGG